AGCAUCAAUCGCUCUCGGGGAAAAAGCUCCGAUCUAGUUUUAGCUAUGGCGAAACUGAACCCUAAGUUCCUCUCUCUAAUUCUCCUCGGUCUUGUCGCGAUCGCCUCGGCUGAAGUUUUCUUCGAAGAACGUUUCGAAGAUGGAUGGGAGAACAGGUGGGUGAAAUCUGAUUGGAAGAAAGAUGAUAACACUGCCGGGGAGUGGAACCAUACAUCUGGAAAAUGGUUUGGUGACGCUAACGAUAAAGGUAUCCAGACUAGCGAAGACUACAGGUUCUAUGCUGUUUCAGCCGAGUUCCCUGAAUUCAGCAACAAGGAGAAGACCCUUGUCUUCCAAUUCUCUGUCAAGCACGAGCAGAAACUUGACUGUGGUGGUGGAUACAUGAAGCUGCUCAGUGGCGGUAUUGACCAGAAGAAAUUCGGUGGAGACACCCCAUACAGCAUCAUGUUUGGCCCAGAUAUCUGUGGCUACAGCACAAAGAAAGUGCACGCUAUCCUCACUUACAACGAGACUAACCACUUGAUCAAGAAGGAAGUACCAUGUGAGACUGACCAGCUCACUCAUGUGUACACAUUCAUCCUCCGCCCAGAUGCUACCUACAGCAUUCUCAUUGACAAUGUUGAGAAACAAACCGGCAGCCUCUACUCUGACUGGGAUCUCCUCCCACCAAAGAAGAUCAAAGACCCCGAAGCCAAAAAGCCCGAGGACUGGGACGACAAAGAGUACAUUCCUGAUCCAGAAGACAAGAAACCAGAGGGAUACGAUGACAUUCCUAAGGAGAUCCCAGACACUGAUGCCAAGAAGCCCGAUGACUGGGAUGAUGAAGAAGAUGGUGAAUGGACUGCACCCACCAUUCCCAACCCCGAGUACAAGGGUGAAUGGAAACCCAAGAAAAUCAAGAACCCCAACUACAAGGGCAAGUGGAAGGCUCCGAUGAUCGACAACCCUGACUUCAAGGAUGACCCAGACCUUUAUGUCUACCCAAGUCUGAAGUACGUCGGGGUCGAAUUGUGGCAGGUGAAAUCCGGAUCCUUGUUCGACAAUGUCUUGGUCUGUGAUGACCCAGAGUACGCCAAGAAGUUUGCCGAGGAAACAUGGGGCAAGCACAAAGAUGCUGAGAAGGCAGCUUUCGAGGAGGCUGAGAAGAAGAAAGAGGAGGAGGAAUCCAAGGAUGACCCAGCGGAGUCAGAUGCGGAGGACGACGAUGACAACGGAGAAGACUCUGACAACGAAUCUAAAACGGAGGAUGAGACCAAAGUAGAUGAAUCUGAGGAAGCCUCCGACAAGAACGAAGAUGCCGCUACUCAUGACGAGCUCUAAACAUGUGAGAGUGCUCUAGAUUCAAGACCACAUUUUUAGAGUCACUUUUAUUUCUCCUUUUUU